UGCUGACCAUAACCAACUGCCUCAUCUGCAGCUCACUUGUUCGUGAAUUAGCCGACGCAGUUGGGUUUCUCAGGAUCAGGAUAUAUGGUUAAAGUUGCCAGGUCAGUAGGAUAGGCGGUUUAUUUCAAGGAUACCAUCGACAAUCAUCAAGUUGCUGCCCUUGUGGUAAUAGAGGUGGAGAGAGCGAGUGAGAGAGAGCGCAAGAAGGAGCUAGUGCGGACAGCUUACCCAUCCACUGGUGGAAGAAGUUAUCGAUGGCACAGUUUCGUGUGCUUCCGGAGAUUUUAUCAGCAUUUGCUUUAGUGCUAGAUGCAAUGCUGUUGCCAAGAAGUGGAGUUGUAUAGACCUGUAAGGGAUUUUCUCUGCAGGAAAGUGGAUUGCAGGUGGAGGUGUGGAUGGUGAGGCGGCGAAGUGGGUUGUGAGUUCGUGUUUAAGGUGGUGGAGAUGAGAUAGUUGUUGGUUUGGAGGCUCACGAAAGCGCAAUCCAUGCUGCGAGUUACGCGGUCGGGGGUGGCGUUGAGAUGGAGGAAAUUGAGGACCUUGCUCGUUUGGGGACAGCAGCAGAAGCAUGCUGGCUUCUCGGGGUUAUCUACGCCUCCCCCGCCGGCCAUCCUUGUCCCCCACUUGUUUCAGUCUGCAGGAACAGCAUCCUGUUGGAAGAUUGACGGCAGAGCAGUUGCCCAAGAUAUCAAGGAUGUCAUAGCAAAGCGGGUGAUACAAUUGCGUGAUCAAGUGGGGGCAGUUCCUGGUUUAGCAGUCGUCCAAGUGGGGCACCAUAAGGCUUCUGAUUUAUAUUCACGAAGCAAGCAACUAGCUUGCGAUGAAGUGGGAAUCGCUUCCUUCGCUGCCUACUUGCCUGCUACAACUCCAGAAGAUGAAGUUCUAGAGCUUGUGAAUGUACUCAAUGCUGAUGAUCGUGUCCACGGUAUCCUUGUUCAGCUUCCGAUGCCUCCACAUAUCCAGUUGGACAGAGUACUGAGAGCAGUGAGUUUAGACAAGGACGUGGACGGGCUGCAUCCAAUCAAUUUGGGAAGACUGGUUUUACGAGGUCUCCACCCUACCUUCAUACCCUGCACUCCUUUAGGAUGCUUGGAGAUUCUACGCCGCUCAAGAGUACAAAUUGAGAACAAACAUGCCGUUGUCAUCGGUUGCAGUAAUGUUGUCGGUCUUCCAACUGCUCUCCUCCUACAGAGACAGAAUGCGACGGUCACUGUCAUACACGAGCACACACCAAAUCCAGCUGAAGCCACCAAAAGAGCAGAUAUUGUUGUUUCAGCCACAGGCGUUGCGCAGCUUGUGCGAGGGCACUGGCUUAAAAAAGGUGCAGUGGUUCUUGACGUCGGCACCAGUGCCGUGCAGGAUACUGCUGCAGAUGGUGGAUACCGACUCAUUGGGGAUGUGUGCUUUGAAGAAGCUGAAUUUGUGGCGUCAGCAAUAACACCAGUGCCGGGAGGCGUUGGUCCCGUCACUGUGGCGAUGGUUCUUUCCAACACCCUUCAGUCCGCGCUACGCUUCUUUGGCAUUGCUACAGAUACUAGUGACAACAGUUUCACUACCGACAGUCACCUCAUUUUACGAUGCAAAUAGGUGAAAGUAUAACUUUCUCUCCGUAGAUUGUACAUUUUACCAUCUUCGUGAGGUGCAUACCAUUAGCGAGAUUUCAAUGGGAGUAUCCAUGCAGACGCGUUAUUUGGUAAGCAAAUGUGUAUGAUUUGGUUGAUGAAUUCAAGGAAACUUUUUUAUUACGCGGUUUUGAAA